UAAAAAUAUGAUCAAAGCAAAAGAGUUUAUGUUUGUGACAAUUUUGAUUGUAGUAUGCAUUGAAGCGAAAAGACUUGAAUGUCCAUGGUCAAGAGAUUUAGGUAAUGGAUGUAAUUCAAGAUUUCCAUCACCUGCAUGUCGUUUGCGUAUACCAGCGAAUCCAUAUACUCGAGGAUGUACAAAAGCCAAUAGAUGUCGUCGUGAGGCUUCAGUUGGAAAAUCAUCUUUGAAGAAACUUUGGGACAAGGUUUUGGCCGAUGCUGCGUAUAUAUUAGAACUAAUGUAAAACGAUGAUUAUUGUAAGAAAAAAAA